AUGACCAUAAACUUCAAAAAAAAUCGAAAAAUUUCUCAAAACUUCACUUCACUUUUUCUAGGUGUCCCCCAUAUCCAAUUAAAUGCUCAAGGACGUGCCCGUUCCGAAUUGGCAAAUUUAUAUAAUUGGCGUUAUAAAAAUUUGGGUGAUUUAAAACAUGUUUUGGAAAAUGAAGAAUUUAAAUUGACAAAUGCUGGAUUUUUGUAUAAUUAUCAAUUAAUUAAUGUACCCGAUUUUAAUGGAAUUGGGGAAAGUACUCCAAGUGCUUAUUUUUAUCAGAAUCUUGGAGAAGCAGAAUUUGCCGUAGCCUUGUAUGUUUAUAUGCGUAUUUUAGGCUAUCCUUCAGAAAAAAUAUCAAUAUUAACAACUUAUAAUGGACAAGCUUCUUUAUUACGUGAUAUAAUAAAUAAAAGGUGUACAAAUAAUCCUUUAAUUGGAAUGCCUGGAAAAAUUUCUACUGUUGAUAAAUACCAAGGACAGCAGAAUGAUUACAUAAUUUUAUCGCUUGUGAGGACUAGAGCAGUUGGACAUUUAAGAGAUGUACGACGUUUAGUAGUAGCUUUAUCACGUGCUAGACUUGGCCUUUAUAUUCUUUGUCGUGUUUCGCUAUUUAAAAAAUGUUAUGAACUUGCACCUGCUUUUGAAAGGGUAGUUACUCCAAAAACCAACUCGUCUUCUUUUAUUGCCUACAGAACACAGCCUCUAGAAAUUAUAGACACUCAACACAUGUCACAUUUUGUUUCAGAAUUUUAUUCUGCCAAUAUUGAAAUUAUGAAGGGGCGUAAUAAUCAACUAGAAAAGGAACAAGAGGAGGGGGACGGGGAGGUGAUGGAAGUAGUAGUGACGACAGAAGAGACGUCAACAACCACCACAACAAUUCCAGUAGUGGAAAUUCCAAAAGAAAAGGAAGGUGAAGAGGAGGAGGAAGAACGGAUGGAAGAGGGGGAAGUAAGGGAAGGGCAAGAAGAAAAGAAGACGGAAGAAGAAAAGAAGGGAGAAGAAAAGGAAGAGGGACCUAAAGAAAGUGAUGAAGGAGCUAUAGUUUUUGAACAGGUGGAUUUUGAACGUUUACAAAAUGUUCCAAAAUAUGGAUAAUUAAUUAAGUUGAUGACUGAUCUCUUAAUUAUUUUUUUGAAUUUUGUUAUUUUUUUAAUAAAUUUUCUAAAAAUAAUUUU